UGACACCACCGGGUCUUCAUCACACUAAGUCAGGCCUAAGACCUGUUCUGUUACUAGGCGUGGCUAGGCCUAAAGAGACCAAAGAAGGGGGCAUUAUUAGAGGGGUGUGGGAAAAGAAAGGAGGAGGAGGAGGAGGGGGGCAUCAGCUUCUUCGACAAGUCUUUCUGUCAGGUAGUUGAGAAUUUGUUUGCCCAAACCACUGAUAGACAUGGACAUGGCAGACUACAGCGAGGCUCUGGACCCAGCCUACACCACGCUGGAGUUCGAAAACAUGCAAGUGCUCCCCUUGGGUGCAGACUCCUCACCAGCUGAAAGCGCCAGCAUGAACGCCACGGGCCACCUAGCAGCAGGCAGCUUGUGCGCCAUAUGUGGUGACAGAGCGACAGGGAAGCACUACGGGGCCUCGAGCUGCGAUGGCUGCAAAGGCUUCUUCAGGCGCAGCGUCCGCAAGAACCACAUGUACUCUUGCAGGUUUAAUAGACAGUGCAUUGUGGACAAAGACAAGAGAAACCAAUGCAGAUACUGCAGACUGAAGAAAUGCUUCAGAGCUGGCAUGAAGAAGGAAGCUGUGCAGAAUGAGAGAGAUAGAAUCAGCACCAGGAGGUCUAGCUAUGAAGACAGCAGUUUACCAUCCAUCAACACACUAAUUCAGGCAGAUGUUCUAUCAAGACAGAUCACAUCACCUGCGCCCAUACUGAACGGUGACAUCAGGACCAAAAAGAUCGCUACCAUCACAGAUGUCUGUGAGUCCAUGAAGCAGCAGCUGCUGGUCCUGGUGGAGUGGGCCAAAUACAUCCCAGCUUUCUGUGACCUGCCCCUGGAUGACCAGGUGGCGCUGCUGCGAGCUCACGCAGGAGAACAUCUCUUGCUUGGUGCAGCCAAAAGGUCCAUGCUUUACAAAGACAUCCUCUUAUUAGGUAAUGACCACAUUAUUCCCAGAAACUGUCCAGAGUUGGAGGUGGGCAGGGUAGCAGUGAGGAUCCUGGAUGAGCUGGUGCUUCCCUUUCAAGAGCUCCAGAUAGAUGACAAUGAAUAUGCCUGCUUAAAAGCCAUUGUUUUCUUUGACCCAGAUGCAAAAGGCCUGAGUGACGCAGGAAAGAUCAAGCGAAUGCGAUACCAGGUCCAGGUCAGCCUGGAGGACUACAUCAAUGACAGACAGUACGACUCUCGGGGCCGCUUUGGGGAGCUUCUCCUGCUGCUGCCGACGCUACAGAGCAUCACCUGGCAGAUGAUCGAGCAGAUCCAGUUUGUAAAGCUCUUUGGGAUGGCGAAGAUUGACAAUCUGCUACAAGAAAUGCUUCUCGGAGGUUCGGCUAAUGAAGCUCCACAUGCACCACACUCUCUGCACCCUCACCUGGUUCAAGAGCAUCUCAGCAGCAAUGUUAUAGUGACCAGCAACAUGCCAACGGCGAUCCAUAACGGUCAAAUCUCCACUCCUGAAACCCCGAUCCCGUCUCCACCCACUGCUUCUGGAUCAGAACAUUACAAAAUGCCUCAGGGCGUCAUAGCUACAGUGCCCAAGCAGUCGACCUCCAUCCCUCAGCCAACCAUUACGAAGCAAGAGGCCAUAUAACAAAAGCUUGAAUCCUUCUUUUUUGUGCUUUUUAUAUUGUGAAACGUUUAUACAAAGUCAGCAGUGAUGCUGUUAACUUCAAAGUAGCUAAAUAUAUAUAAUGUAAUUACAAGCUCCUUACAGAUGUCCUUCAGGGACAUAUUUGUACAUAAAAUGCAGCUGCGGUUGAGCUCCACAGCUCAGGAUGAGUCAGAAACAUUUACCUGCAAUGUAAUUUUCCAAGCAUUUACUGUGCUGUAAAUGCACAUCAAUAUCAGGUAACAGUGAGGCUAAUGUUAGACACAGCAACGUGAUCAUGUGAGUAUUUUAUGAAUGUUACAACAAGCCUUACAUUUUCAUACAUUUAAUGUAGCACGCUUCUAUGUUUAUUGGUGAUAAAUAUGAACUUUGAAGCUUAAAAAAAACAGCUUUUUAGGUUUCUUUAAAAUAUAUAUAUUUUUUAUUUAUGCACUGCUACAUGCAUAUAUUCACAGGAGAGAAAUCUAUAGAGAGAAUUUUGUAAAUUUAGACUCAAGAUAACCGAGCUUGGCACACACAGUUUCCCAAUGAUGUGUUGUGUUCGUUUUACAAAAAAAAACUAUAUAUAUUGUAUUUUUGUUUAGUUUUUGUCAUGGUUUAACUGAUGAAAUGUGCCUUGUAACCUUUACUGCCUUACAAACCAGGAAGGGUUUACCGUACAAUGUGAAAAUGACUGAAUAAAUCUUAACAUCUAUUUUUA